AUGUCACAUGAACUAUCAGCGACAAAUAAAAAAGAAUUUCGUUCAUUUGUAUUACAUUUAAAACAAUUACAUCCAACAUGGAAAUCUAAAGAGAUUACAAAUUUUCUUAUUCAGUCCGAAAAUCUCUCGCCUUAUACAAUGGAAAGUGCUUUGAACGUCAAAGUUUGGAGAAUUCUAAAUAGAAACCAGGUGAAUGAUUUGCCAAGAUCGAGUGCACCAUGUACAACAACAACACUUGAAUAUAUUCAGGCUGUAAAAAAUAAUCUUCGACUAACCAAAAGCACAACCAUCAGAAAUGUUAAUGCAAAACUUCAACAACAAGGUUUUAAAACAUCGAAAAGUUCAAUUUGGCGAACUAAACAAUUAUUAAAAUUAAAAUGGUGGAAAAGAAAAAUAGUACAAAAAUUAACAAUUGAUCAAAAACUUCAAUGUGUUAUCAUUGCCAAACGAUUGAGAAAAAAAUACGGUUUUAAGAAAGGAAAUAAACUUUAUGAUUGGAUGUAUGUUUUGAAUACAGACUUUAGUGGUACAUUCACGUUGAAUCCUCAGUCUAACCGACACAAUGAAGGUAUUUAUGCUGAAUCUAAAUCGGAUAUUUCAUAUGAAUUAAAAACGAAACCAAAAGAAAAGUUUCAGAAAAGUGUCAUGCUGUGGGGCGAUAUUUCCUAUCAAGGAUUAUUUCCUAAACAGUAUCCAAUUUUUGUUGAUGAGUGGUUAGAACUCAUUAGACCAAAAGAUGGUAACAGUCGCAAAAAGAUGUACUUUACCGGUGCACGUUAUGCACAAUUUAUUCGAACUAUUAUAGCACAAAAAGCGAAUGAAGAAUUAGGUGAUUUACGUUAUGUUAUCUUCCAAGAUGUGCAAGAUCGUAAACAACGAAUGAGAGUAGCUUUGGAUGCCGUUGAUCAUGUUUUUCAUAAUCGGAUUGAACCAAAAGAUUGUACUGCGAAAUUAGCUGAUGUCUGGCCCAUCGAAAACGUUUGGGGUAUAUUGAAAGAAAAGCUUCGAGGGCGACAGUAUAAUAGUCUUGAACAUAUGAAAAAUGAUAUUAGAAGCGAAUGGAAUCAAUUUAGUGUGUCUUUAUGUCGACGGAUGAUAGAUAAAAUUCCAGAAAGAUUAAAAUUAGUUAUCGAUAAAGGUGGUAAUCAAAUAUAG